AUGUUAGUCGCAGGGCUUUCGCGCCUUUUUACGACGCUUGGUAGGAACUGGGAAGAAGCAAGGGCGGGUUUUCCAUCAGAUUCCACCGUCCCCGGCGGAAUUUACAGCUUCUGUUUCAUCCGGCCAUCGCAACUCCGCGCCAGCUGCGCCCCACCGGGGUUCUCCUCUCUCUGCGCCGAGGGCGAGAGCCAUGGCCGAGACCCUCACGGCGUCUUCCCCCGCAGAAGCUCGCCGCCAUCCCCGCCACCUUUCUACGCCCUCCUCCGGGAGCGGCUCCGGGCGGCGGCGGUCUUCCAUGGCCUCGAACCCGCCGAGGUGGCGGCCUCGCUCAAGUCGUGCGUCCGCGGGGAUCGCCCCAGAACGGCGAUGCAGAUCCAUGCCGUCGUCGUCGCCGCCGGCCUCGGCCGGCACACGACGGUCUCCAACGCCCUCAUGAACUUCUACUGCAAGAUUUGCAGAUUCAGUGAGGCCCUCCAGAUCUUCAACGCCAUGUCCCACCGCGACGUCGUCUCCUGGAACACCGUCCUGUCGGGAUUCCCCUGCACUAAGGACGCGCUGUCGUUCGCGGUGACGAUGGCUCGCUCGGGGGUCAUCUUCGACGCCGUGACCUUCACCACGGCGCUCGCCUACACGUCGGACCUCGACGACGACGACGACGGCGGCGGCGGCGGCGGCGGCGGCAGUGGCUUUGCCCUGCAGCUCCACUCUCAAGUGGUGAAGGCGGGCUUCGAGUCGGAUACCUUCGUCGGGAACGCCCUGAUAUCGGCGUAUGCGAAGGCGGGUCUCCUGGAAGAAGCUGACAGGGUGUUCGGAGAAAUGGUCGAGAGGGACCUGGUUUCCUGGAAUGCUCUGAUUUCGGGGUACGCUCAGGAGGAGGACCGCUGGGCUCGGGCCAUGGAGGUUUUCGUCGCAAUGACCAGGGAAGGACUAGUGGUGGACCACGUCUCACUCUCGAGCGCGCUCGCGGCCUGCGGGCACGAGAGGAACCUGCGCAUGGGGCGCCAGGUCCACGGCAUGGCCAUGAAGAGCAGACUCGUCAAGGGCGCGUCGGUGUCGAACGUUCUCAUGUCGAUGUACGCCAAGUGUGGGUCGACGGACUGCGCCCGGAGGGUCUUCCAGGACGUGGAGGAGCGGAACGUCGUCUCGUGGACGACGAUGAUCUCCAUCGAUGCCGGCGAGGCCCUGGCGCUCUUCAAGGAGAUGCUGCUGGACGGCGUGGAGCCGAAUAUUGUCACCUUCAUCGCCUUGAUCUCCGCGGUGGCGGCUUCGGGGCCCUCUGCCCGCUCCGGCGAGGCGAUCCACGGGUUCUGCUUCAAAGCGGGGGUCCGGGGGAGUCGCAACGUCUGCAACAGCCUCGUCACCAUGUACGCCAAGUGGGGGUCCAUGGAGGCGUCGAGGAGGGUGUUCGACGGGAUGGAUAGCGCAGAAGACGCUGUCUCUUGGAACGCCCUCAUCUCCGGCUAUGCCCAGAACGGGAUGUGCGAAGAAGCUAUGAGGGCGUUCUCUUCGAUGAUGAUGACCUCUCGCUGCCGGCCGAACGACUUCACCUUCGGGAGCGUUGUCAGCGCCGUGGCGUCGGCGGAGGAGACAGUUUGUUUGACAUACGGCCAGCGGUGUCACUGUCUGGCGCUGAAGAUGGGCCUCGACGAGGGUGAGCACCUGACGGGGGCGCUCAUCGACAUGUACUCGAAGCGCGGCAGCGUGGAUGGCGCGCGGAGGCUGUUCCACCAGGCUCCCAAGAAGAGCCUGAUAAGCUGGACGGCGAUGAUCUCCGCCGAGGCGAGGCAUGCGAACUACGUCGGCGUGGUCGACCUGUUCGAGGCAAUGGCGGCGAACGGGGUCAGCCCGGAUCAGCUCACCUUUCUGGCAGUCCUCACGGCCUGCGGCCACGGCGGGAUGGUGGACCGAGGAUGCCAGGUCUUCAGCUCCAUGGUCGACGACCACGGCAUCGAGCCGAACGGGGAGCAUUACUCGGCGGUGGUGGAUAUGCUGGGGAGGGCCGGAAGGUUGGAGGAGGCGGAGAGGCUCGUCGGAGCGAUACCAGGCGGGGCGGGGCUGUCGGCAAUGCAGAGCCUGCUGGGGGCAUGCCGCGUGCACGGGGACGCCGCCAUGGCGGCGAGGGCGGCAGAUGCGCUUCUGGGCAUGGGGCCGACAGCGGAGUCGGGGACCUACGUCUUGCUGUCGAAUAUUUAUGCUGAGAUGGGGGAGUGGGAGAAGGUGGCCAAGGUGAGGAAGGCCAUGAGGGACAGCGGGGUCAGGAAGGAGGUCGGGUUCAGCUGGGUCGACUGUGGUGGGGGCGGGGUCCACCGCUUCUCGUCAGCCGACAAGACUCACCCGCGGGCGGAGGACGUGCAUUGGAUGUCCUGGUUCAUGGGCUUGCAGAUGAGACCUUUGAUGGAUGAGUAA